AUGCCCGAACCAGAAGAUAAAGCAGCUCUGAUGAGGUUCCUGGGAAUGCUGCAAUAUCUGGCAAAAUUCAUACCGAAUCUGGCAGAGGUGAGUGCACCGCCGUGCCUAUCUCAAAGAGCACACCGAACCACUAUUGGAAGAGGAAUUGCAAGUUCAUGUGUUGUCAUCUUACCUGCCAAUCUCAACCGAAAGGCUGAAUGCCUUCAGGACAGCAACUGCAGCAGAUGAAGAGAUGCGACUGGUGAUGAACUGCGUACAGACAGGAUGGCCUGCAGAAAUCAGACACGUUCCACCAGAGGUCAGGAAGUAUUGGACUUUCAGAGAAGAGCUCACCUGCUCUGAUGGCCUACUCUUCAAAAGCUCACGAGUUGUGGUACCACAUAGCUUGAGGACAGACAUGCUGGAGAGAGUUCAUGAGUCUCACCUAGGCAUCGUGAAAUGCAAAGAAAGAGCCAGAGAUGUCAUGUACUGGACAGGAAUGGCAAAAGACAUUGAGGAUGUUGUUACGCAGUGUUCAGUCUGCAAUAUGUUCAAACGCAAUAACACCAAAGAACCACUCAUCAGCCAUGAAAUACCGGACAGAGCAUGGGCGAAAGUUGGCGUUGAUCUGUUUCACUACAACCAAGGUGAUUAUCUGAUGUGUGUGGAUUACUUCUCCAAGUUUCCAGAGAUCGCCAAGCUCGCACAAACAACAAGUGGACAUGUAGUGACAGCUUUCAAGUCCAUCUUCUCAAGACAUGGAAUUCCUGAUGAAGUAGUGUCGGACAAUGGUCCACAAUUCUCAAGUGCAGAAUUCAGAACGUUCACACAGCACUGGGAAUUCAUACACACCACAUCCAGCCCAGGAUUUCCACAGUCUAAUGGACAAAGUGAAAGAGCAAUUCAGACAGUGAAAAAUCUGUUAAAGAAAGCUGCAGAGUGCCAGAACGACCCGUACAUUGCUUUGAUGGAGUACAGAAAUGCACCACUAGAUAGUGUUAAGCUGUCUCCUGCUCAGUUGUUAAUGGGACGGAGACUGAAAACAAAAUUGCCUACAUCAACACAGCUCCUGAGACCGCAAGUACACGAGAAUGCACACAAACACAUCAAAGACAGGCAGCUGAAACAGAAACAUUACUUUGAUCGUGGAGCAAAACAUCUACCAGUUCUCGAGGAAGGUGAAAGGGUCAGAGUAAAAGUGAAAGAAAACUGGCAACCAGCAACUGUGUUGAAAAGUCAUGACACGCCAAGAUCCUUCGUCAUCAAAACACCUGAUGGAAACACCUACAGAAGAAACAGGCGACACCUGCUGAAAACCAGAGAAAAGACUUUCACAACACAGAGUCCUCCACAUCUGGAAGACUAUGAUCCAGGAGAAAGACAACCUGCAGAACACGAUGCAUCAUUCCAGACACCAGCAUCGUCACCUGUGAAAAUAUCUGCAACACCUACCAUGAAUGAAGAAGUGGUGAAGAGGUCACGAGUGGGCAGAGGGAUCAAACCACCAUCACGUUAUUCUCCAUGAACUUAAGUAAUGGAAAAAAAAAAAAAAAAAAAAAAAGAAAGAAAAUGUUUUUGCAGUUUUUAUUUUAUUUUUCUGUUCUAUAAGGCAUUAUUUAAGUUGUGAAUUUUGAGUAAGAGAAAUACUGCCAAGUAACAUUUAGUUGUACGGUUGUACUAUGAAGUAAGAGUUUAUUUAGUAAAAGAAAUUGUAUGUGUUGGUUUGCAAAGACAAGUCAAUAAUUAACAGAAGUUACGACAGGAUAGAACUGUUCAGGGAAUAUCUAUCUUAAGGAGAGAGAUGUGAUGUAUUGUAUGUAGUUGUAGUUCAGUUACUUACCACUUGAUGGCACCCUUGUGAGGUAACCGAACCAAGAACAAGAGAGGCAGAGUUGGAAGGGUGCGUGACACAUAUAAGUAAAGAGAACCGUCUUGUGAAAUCAGUCUCCGUGUAUUAUUAAUAUAAUCACCCCUGGUACAACCACAAACUAUCACAUCUUCAAGCAGCAGUUUUAAUGCUUGCUUGUUUCUAAUAAUAAUUUUAAAAUGUGAAUUUAUGUAAAGUUUUUUAUUUCACCCUUU